AAUUAUUGCUUUAUCAUUGGAUCCGAACAGGAAAGAUUUCACUCAGUGGCAGACCGUCGGCAAGCAAAAAUGUUAGUCGUGUCGUUGAUCACCUUCUGUUUUUUUCAAAGUGUUUUUGCCGGCACCUUGCCGAACGUUAAGAUUGAUGAUGGGCUGCUCAGUGGAAUCGUUCUGAGAACGAGGAACGACAGGGAGUUCAGUGCGUUCAAGGGAAUUCCCUACGCGCGACCACCUGUUGGUGCGCUCAGAUUCCAGCCUCCAGUGCCGGCAAACCAAUGGCAAGGAACUUUCAACGCAACUGAAGAUCAUGGAGCUUGUCCACAGCAAGACGUCUUCUCAAGGUCAUAUGUCUACGAGGGAGAGGAAGACUGUUUAUAUUUGAAUGUUUACAGUCCCAAGCUAUCUGAUUUCGAGAAGGACCCUCUACCGGUAAUGGUAUUCAUCCACGGGGGCGGCUACAUGAGCGGAUGUGGCAACUCUCACUGGAACGACAGGGAGUUCAGUGCGUUCAAGGGAAUUCCCUACGCGCGACCACCUGUUGGUGCGCUCAGAUUCCAGCCUCCAGUGCCGGCAAACCCAUGGCAAGGAAUUCUCAACGCAACUGCCGAUCAUGUAUCAUGUCCACAGCAAGACGUCUUCUCAAGGUCAUAUGUCUACGAGGGAGAGGAAGACUGUUUAUAUUUGAAUGUUUACAGUCCCAAGCUAUCUGAUUUCGAGAAGGACCCUCUACCGGUAAUGGUAUUCAUCCACGGGGGCGGCUACAUGAGCGGAUGUGGCAACUCUCACUGGUACGGCCCUGACUUGCUACUUGACAAAGAUGUAGUUCUCGUCGUUCUCAAUUACAGAUUAGGUGCCCUCGGAUUCUUGAGUACUGGUGACGAAGUCGCACCUGGAAACAACGGCAUGAAAGACCAAGUUCUGGCCCUAAAAUGGGUGCAGAGGAAUAUCGCCAAAUUUGGCGGAAAUCCAAACAGCGUCACAAUUUUUGGCGAAUCCGCCGGUGGUGCCAGCGUACAUUUUCACAUGAUGUCGCCACUCAGUAGAGGUCUUUUCCAUGGUGCCAUCAUGGAAAGUGGUACUGCCUUGUGCCCGUGGGCUUUUGAUCAGAACAGCAUGGGCCACACCUAUUCGAAACAGCUGGCCGAAUCUCUGAAUUGUCCAACGAAAUCAUCUGCCGAUAUGUUGGAGUGCCUCAGGAAAUUCGACCCCAAAACCAUCGUUGAAAAGUCGGAUAUCUUCAAUUUUUGGGACUACGAUCCAUUGCUGCCUUUUAGACCCAUUGUUGAACCCGACAGCAAUGGAGCUUUCCUCACGGAACAUCCUCUAGAGAUAAUCAAGUCUGGAAAACUCUUGGACGUACCAUCAGUAGUGGGGUUGACAACGGAAGAAGGUGCCAUAAAAUCUGCAGGUCUCAAAAACGCUAACCUGUUGGAUGAGUUCUGUGAGAGAUUUGAUGAAAUUAGUCCAGUAUCGCUCUUCCUCGACAGAGUAGUGAAAAAUCCAAAACCAAUUAUCAGUGAAAUCAGAAAAUUCUAUUUUGGUGAUAAGCCGCUCAAUAAGGAAAGCUUGGCCGACAUUGAGAAAAUAUUCACUGAUUGCUGGAUGCUCAAAGGGAUAGAUGAUGCAGUGAGACUACACCACAAGUAUAAUAAGCAGCCCGUUUACUAUUAUCUGUUUGGAUACAGGGGUAGUGUCAGCUAUUCUAGAGUAUUCGGAGGAGGCGAUGAAGAUUAUGGAGUAGCUCAUGCUGACGAGCUUCAGUAUUUGUUUCCUGUUAGCGAUCAACUAUUUCCAGAUAUCAUCCCAUCAGCAAGCGACAAGAAAAUCGCCAAACUCAUGACCACUUUCUGGACGAAUUUCGCGAGAACCAGGGACCCUUCACCAGGGGUAAAUGAUGUCAUCAAGCAACGGUGGCGACCUUAUUCCACCGAAGAUGGGGAGUAUUACUUCAUUCAUGCCGAAUCCUCUGGGGUCAGGUCUGAUUUGUACGCAGAGAGAAAGAAGUUCUGGAGAAAGGUGCUGCACGAUCCACUAGCAGAAGAUUCGAGAGAUGAAUUAUAGAUAGUGGUUUGAAGGAACGUUCAUUCCAUAGGGUUUAUACCGAGUGGCACAGGAUAUCAAGCCAUCCCUGUAACUUUUGUAUUCGUAAACGGAUUUUCCUGACAUUUGGAACAUAUUAGCAAACAUUUCAGAUUUGAUCAUAUUACAAUCCAAUAAAACGCCUGCUUCUGCUAAUUCCAUUUCUGUUCAUUUAUCUAAUAUUGUCAAACCUCGUUCAUUCAUUACGAGUAAGUGAAGUACUGAUGUUGAUAGUUUCCUUUCUGUAAGAUAAUCUGAUCCUAAUUAUAUUGAUUUCCUGGUCUUGGUCAGAUCUAUUUUUUACUGCUACUUGCUACUGUUACUAUGUUUUUCAAUAUUUUAUUCGCUUUUCUAGUUUUCGAUAGACUCGUUAGUAUACUGCUUUGAAUAAGACAAAUAAUGCCCAUCUCCAAAUAUGUAGCUAGUUCAUAACUUUCAAAAUACCUGAUGUAACUCCGGUACUUAUAUGUAUACAUCUAGAGGAAUCUGAUAUAUUUGUGUGAACUCUUUGUUUAUCAAAGUGCAAUGUUUUUAGAGAACAAUGGAUUUAUUGAUUGAUUGAUAGAAUAUGGCGAGCUUCCGGUUCUUCUGGAAAUGUCAGCAACAUUGUUUCUUCAAAUUAUCCACCCAAUUCUUUAUAUAUCGGAUUUAUAAAGAUCAAAACAAGUGCAGUCUCAAUGACAACAUUCAGAAAUGUUCUUGUUCAUAGCUUUCUCGACAAACUAUUGGAACUGCAGAAUUUCAUUAUAAAUAAUUUGUUACUGCACCAGAAGAUGAAGAUUAUAUGUGAUUUUUUCCUCAAUGAAUGUUCUUAAAAGACAUGUAGGUGGUCCAUAUGGGUUCAAUUUGAAUUGAACGACCCUAUGAUCAAAAUGUGAUGCGACUGAAUUGAUACACUGGUGACACUUUGUCAAGUAUGUGGGAAUCAUUGUGAAAGUCUCGAUCACAUCUUAUCAAUCCAAGAAAUGGAAUGAGAAACAUUUUCAAUUCAAGUUCAAAUAUAAAAGUAUAUAGGGUAUAUUUUAUUUGAAGAAACAAAAUUACUGGCAUUUCCAGGACGACCAGAGGUUUAUCAUAUUGUGAUCGUAUUCGAAAUAUUGCCCCUAUAACUGUACCAAAUUCGAGGAAAAUCCGUUCAUGAACGCAGAAGUUACCGGAAUGACUGGAUACUUCUUCUCAUCCAGUAUAAGACGAAGAGAUAGAGGCCCAUUUUUGAUUUUUUGUUUUUGUAAAUAUGUAGAAAAUCUUUGAGUGUAAUGUUAUAAACUGAUGUGAUUGUUGAUCUGUGAUUUCAUUAUUCUCUUCCUUACCUACUAAUAUCGUGAACUCGCCACAAAAACUCACUAGUUGAUAGACGGAUGUGGAAAAGAUUUUGAAAACUUUCCAGAAAGCUGAAUUAUCAUCUAAAUCGUUAAUAACUCAUGAACAUUUUUUCGAAAAUAGAAUUCGCUGAUUUGAUCUUGCAGGCUCA